AUGAUAACCGCCUUGCCGACGAUGUUGGUCGCGUGCUUGGUUCGUCGCUCCCCGCAUCGAACUGGCUCUGUCAUGCCCUCCCGGCAUCAGUCUUCUUCUUCUGGACGCUACGUUCCAUAUGGCAGACGCAAAAAGAGGGAACCAAAAUCGUAUGACAUGAAAUUAGUCCUCGUUGACUUUAUUCGUGAAGUCAACGAUACUGGAAAAACCGAAAGCUAUGACGGUAGUGUUCUCUUAGAGGCCCCGUUUCGUGUAAGAGAAAAUGAAUCGGACUCUUCCAUUCGAACAAGGAUUCUCGCCAUUGUUAAAUCUAGAUUUCCUUCGUUUAACGAAACUGUUCUGUACGCCUCCAGACAGGGCAGAGUAGUUUUAAAUUUAAGUCCUUGUCAAACAUUAGACGGUAAAGCAGUGUACACCCUUAAAUCGAAGUCAACCAACAAUUUGUACGUUAUGUUGUCCGCUCCAGCAACUGACAGGCCUCCGCCAGAUGGUGACGACGAGGAGGAACGUGAGCACGAAAGUGAGGUUAGGGGUUUUUUUUUUGCAAUAUCUGUAGUCCAAACUGCUAUUUUUUCGUCAUUAAUGAUCUGAUAUUACCACUAUAAGUUAAAGUUUUGAACAGUCACAAUUGUAUUUUCAAGAAACCAAAAAACAAUCGUAGUGUCAGUAAGCACAUUUUCUCUGACUAGUCCCGUAAUAAAUCGCUUUAUUGUUUCAGUUGGGAGAUUACGCCACCAGAGAUGGCGGCCUACUGUCCUUUUCGGCUUCUACGCCACGCUCAUCCCAGUCUUCGGAAACACGCGGCAGACAGGUGAUUUACUUAUUGUUAUUGUUGUUUUUUUUUUCAUCUAAACUUUGUUUAAGUUCUCCAGUUAAUCACACCACUUACUGAAUUGUGUUCUCUUAACCGUCUUCUAUAUUUUUUUAUUUUGUGUCUUUGUUGUUUUGUGUUUUGUAUUUUUCACUUGCAAUUUGAAUGUCGUGUUUGAAUAUGAAGGUCAGAUCAUAAAGUAGCAAAUCAACAACUUUGCACGUGCAUCGCAAUUUUGUACUUUCUUGCUGUCACUGCACGGACACUGCAUGAAAAUGUCUAGGUAUCGUGUAUGCGCCGUUUUUGUCUGGGUUUCAGUGUUUUGAGGAUUGGCGAUUUUUUUGUGUUUUGCGAGAACUACUUUUUUGCGAUUAUGACGGAUUUGUUCUUAUUUUUGGAUGUUAAUUUUUGCAUGUUUUCAGAAGGCCCUUUAUAAUUCUUGGAAUGUUUCCUUUCUAAUUUAGUACAUGCAAAGUGAAAUACUACGCAACAGUGCUGUGUGCGUACCCUGCGUAAAUCUAGUAAAACAGCUAAUACACGAUUUCUCAGUACAGUGGAAGUCCACGGUACAAGCUAAGUAAUCAAUCACAGUAACUUUAUUUUUUUGUUCGAAUUUUCAAUUUUCUUACUUUUGGUUUUACUUUUUUCUUAACUCCCAGUUUCGAAGAAAAUAUCUGCGCUCUGUUGCGUCAACAAGUGGUUCGGCACAAAAUCAAGUAGAAGACAUUGAAGAAGUUUCCGAUGAUGACGAUAGCUGUAUCGCUAAGGUGCAGUUUCAUAAUUAUGUUAUCUUUAGCGAUUACAUACGUUAACACAAAUCAGUUACCUAUGAGCAUUUAAACGGAUGGUGACAAAAGGGGUACGCGGAUGUGGUACGAACUGGUCAGUCAAAGAGUCUAAAGUAACUUUAGUCACUACUCUAAAUCUUCGCUUAAGAGCCACUUCUCGAAUAAGCGCCGCUCACAAAUAAGCUCUUAUUUGGAUAUUUACAAAUUAACGCCCCACCUUUGUUACGGCGCUUGAUAUAAAGAGAUAUCAAAACCAUAUCACUUGAGAAAUAAGACCUCGACCAACUCGUGAGUUCAAAAGUUUUGAUGCCCGAGGGAAACUCUUGAAACCGGGUUCAUAUCUCUCUUCGAGAUUUACAUAAUUAUUAUACUAAAUUGCGAAUAGCUAGUAAGCGCCUCAAUUAAUUAUCUCUAUAUUCCUAUCAGUGUUUUCCCCUUAGUUGAAAUAAGCGUCGCCCUCGUAUAAGCUCCGCACCCAUAACAGGGAGAAUGAAAUAGGCGCCGCGACGUUUAAUCGAUCAUUUACGGUGACCUGUCCUUCUUCCAUUCCCGAAAUAAUAAUUUUUUGUGUGUGUGAUACGACUUUCCGUUGUCUUUCGGGUCGCUUAAAACCCACUACGGUUGUCACUCAUUAAAAUUUUUUUUAUUGUAUUAAAGCUUUUUUCACAUUGUUUUAAAACUUUUUUGCAGCCUUUUUGUGGUCAUGAUGAUGUGCGAUUAAAAAACAGUGACGAUUACAGAGGAAUAGGUAAUUCCCCUACAUGUACUCCCCCGAGGCCCGGUUGAGACGCCGAGCCUAAUACAUUGAAUUAAGCACAUGAAAAGUUGGGCGACUGAAUCAAUUAGGAAUGCCUUUUUUAAUUUGGAAUGGCUAAGCCGCCGGGAAUUUCGGCUGUGGAGCGACUUUGGUACGGCGAACUUUUCCGUGCACUGAACCUAAUGCAUAAAUUAGCAGUUUGACCAAAAUAUGCAUUUUUCUCCUUUUGAAUUUAGUUCGACAGGAAUUAAGAUGGGCGUUAAUUUGAAUCAAUUUAGGCGGUCUAAAUAGUGUGGGUCGACCUUGAUUUGAAUUAGGUUCGGCUCAUGAAAAGUUCGGGCCCAAGACGGAAAUAGGUCAAUCGAAUUGGCAUGAACUCCACACUCUCUACCACCAGUGGGCUAUUUAUCUUAUUCUAUAAAUUAUUAUUCUAUUAUAUAAAAUAUAAGAUAUUCAGACAUUUCCUUGUAAGUUGUAAAUAUCUUACAGGAAGAGAGCUAGAGAGGAUAACAGUUCAUUAUUAUGUAACACCAAUCAGGGGCACCCAACGUCAAUUUUCGGAAAAUAUCUGUUCGGAAGACGAUUUGAGAUCUAGAAUUUUCGGAACAUUUUUUGUAAAAUUUCUUGCUUGCCUACCUCUCAUAGGAUUUUCGAACAUCUAAAAAGCUCACCUAGAAUUUUCGGGAGCCUUUUUUCUGGCUGAAAUUUUCGAAAAGGUAAGUUUUGAUCCCUAUGAUUUUCGGAUCUCGAGACUUUCAGCUAGGAAAUCCGAACAGAUGAAAAAUUUUUAGGGGAUAAAAAUAUGCCUUUAUCUACCGUUUAAAUACUAAAAUACGUUUAACAAUGCUAUGUUUAAGUGGUUUUGAACUAUAAUCUCGUUGGUUGCCUCUGACCAAUAAAAUACCAGCGGAAUUUUCGCCGUGAAUUUUAGCUAUGGCUGCAUAAUAAAACUUUUGGAGCAAAAAGCUAUUUAAGUGAAAUCCGGUGGAUAACGCCAGGACAGAGAAAUAGUUUAAUCCGCGACUGUAAACACCGAUAAGAUACCUAAAUUUUAUCCCCGGAGAUAAAAGGCCAAUGUGUGUGUGCGUGCAAUUUAUACGGCAGGUUUCUACAACCCAUAUGGAAAGUCCUGCGGUAUUACAGCAUCCCUCAGUCUUAUGCAAUAUAUCAAACCUUUCAUGGAAUUAGUGGCAUCAAGAAAGGGGGAAAUUGGCAAGAACCUUCACGAGAUAAAAAUGUUUUCUACGUCUGCUUUCUUAGCUUAACACAACGAACUUUAUUUUCCGGUCUGAACAAUUUUUUUUUUGUCAAAAGGCCAGACUGAUUCCAGGCGGCGAAGGUUCAAUUCGGUUCGUAGCCGCCAUAAGUUAGAUGGCCGUACGAAUAAGUAAAUAAGUGAUAAAGGUUUUGUUUCUUAUUCUAUCAGAAAGUAAUGUAGUCCCGCAAGGUUUACCAUAUAAGAAUGCUGCAGCGCCUGAGGUUGUAACACCGUCUCGUUAAGGUGACUCGACCCAGUUUUUUUGGGGGGGUACCAUCCUACUUUUAAGCUCUCUGGUAUCCCCACCUUUACUUUUAUCGUAAGUCUAACACAUAGAAUGGAUAACAUAUGGAUCAAUCUACAAUAUAACAUAAAAUUUUUGGCGAUCGGAGUAAAUGUCACGUGGUUAUAAUGCCACGCCCCUUUGAGGUCUGAGUCGAAAAUCUGUUGUUGCCAGCAUUUUUUGGUGAAAAUCUCUCGGCUACACAUAGUGCGCAUUAGUGCCUUGCGCUGAACAGAGUUUCACCAAAAUCGCAAAGACCCAAUUCGAGAAAUUCAGCGGUUUCCAAAUUUAGGUCAUAAUUUAUGCGGAAAUGAUAAUCAAACUUUACACGGAUUAUAUCUAAUAAACUAUGAGAUUCACCUCUGUAUUUUGGGCAUCCUUAUAACAGAUGGGUCCUUGCAAGUCAGCAAAACGCUUUAGGGCCUUGUAAGUGCGCGCGAUUUCGAGCAAAGCAAACAUAGAGAAAUUAUAGUUUUCGCUAUUUGUUGACAUUUGUCAGCGUUUAAGAGUCCUUCUCACGAAAAAAGGCAUUUUCUUAAAAAUUCGUAUUUUUUUUUCCUUCAAAUUUUUUCAGGGCCACAAUAGAUUAACUAACUACCCGGACUCUGAAUUUUAUGGUCAUUGAAAAACUGUGACAUUACCUUCUAUAAGCCCAAACUUGAGUAAACAUUGAAGAUUUUUAGCGUUUUGGCUUAGUUUGUGCUUUGGGAGUUGUCUAUUGUUUCCAGUCUGUCAUUAUACAGCAUUCUUGUUCAGCACGCGUGCAAUGACCACGCUUGGCUGACUUCCGAAUGCUCACCGAGAUAUUCACGUCACGAGUUGGUUUAAUUAUUGGCUUGCAUUAAACCUAUGAAAAAAUGAUAUUUUUUUAAUAGUAAGUAGAUUUAGUGUGUAGCACUUCUUGAUUUUUUUGCAAAGGCACAAGAAGCACGAGAAUUGAUUAAAAAUUGUGACUUAAACCUCUAUGUAUCACGCGAUGGCCUGUCUCACUGUACCAAAAUUAUUAUAUCUCGGUGAGCAUUCGGAAGUCAGCCAAGCGCGGUCAUUGCACGCGUGCUGAACAAGAAUGCUGUAUAAUGACAGACUAGAAACAAUAGACAACUCCCAAAGCACAAACUCAGCCAAAACGCUAAAAAUCUUCAAUGUUUACUCAAGUUUGGGCUUAUAGAAGAUAAUGUCACAGUUUUUCAAUGACCAUGAAAUUCAGAGUCCGGGUAGUUAGUUAAUCAAUUGUGGCCCUGAAAAAAUUUGAAGGAAAAAAAACUACGAAUUUUUAAGAAAAUGCUUUUUUCGUGAGAAGGACUCUUAAACGCUGACAAACGUCAACAAAUAGCGAAAACUAUAAUUUCUAUAUGUUUGCUUUGCUCGAAAUCGCGCGCAUUUACAAGGCCCUAAAGCGUUUUGCUGACUUGCAAGGACCCAUCUGUUAUAACGAUGCCCAAAAUAAAGAGAUGAAUCUCAUAGUUUAUUAGAUAUAAUCCGUGUAAAGUUUGCUUAUCAUUUUCGCAUAAAUUAUGACCUAAAUUUGGAAACCGCUGAAUUUCUCGAAUUGGGUCUUUGCGAUUUUGGUGAAACUCUGUUCAGCGCAAGGCACUAAUGCGCACUAUGUGUAGCCGAGAGAUUUUCACCAAAAAAUGCCGGCAACAGCAAAUUUUCGACUCAGACCUCAAAGGGGCGUGGUAUUAUAACCACGUGACAUUUACUCCGAUCGCCAGAAAUUUUAUGUUAUAUUGUAGAUUGAUCUAUAUGUUAUCCAUUCUAUGUGUUAGACAAACGAUAAAAGUAAAGGUGGGGAUACCAGAGAGCUUCAAAGUAGGAUGGUACCCCCCCAAAAAACUGGGUCGAGUCACCUUAAUACGACCCGAUUUUGAUGGACCAUUUUCAGUUACUGCCUGAUAUAUUUAGAUUCUCUACUUUGAGGCAAAUAAGACGAGGUGUCAAGGCCGGGGGGAACCGUACGUGAUCCCUUCACUCCAAAGGCUGUUACUUUGUAAAACAGGAAUCUGCCGUUUUUUUUCUAAUCAAUUAAACUGUGUUUUCAAUGAUGUUCUUUUACGUCCUUCAUUUAAUAUGACUCGUUAGUAAUACAUUGAUCGUUUGUUAUUGAUCCCUAAGAUAUAUCAACUAAGGGGACUUAAAGACAAACGUAUCCUGAAGCUUCUUGAUAGAUUGAGAGUUCAUCUACGCCUUCCAGUCGAUGAGGAUAUUGAUGCCAACGAGUUCAUGCACAAACUUUUGGAAAAAAUGUUACAAGAUGAGGUACAAUUAUUAUUAAAGGAAGAUUGCUGCAAGUAAUUUGCCAAUAAUCCCAAUGCUGCUCAUCUCUAGGUCUCUGCGAAAUAAAAGUUAGUUAUGUAUCAGUUGGGCAGGUUUUGCUGCGGGGGAAAGCCGGGGCCAUUUAUCCCCAUAUAAACAAGCAAUGACCGUCAAAUGCGAAGUAUUGCAAUACUUCACACUUAUCUGGUGUCGUCCUUUUGACGUAUUUCAACGACGGUUUUUAAAACUUGUAGAUACCUAAGGACAAAAUUUUUCCGAGCGCAAGGAAGUAUAAGAGUUAUUUUUUUGUUUCAUUUCAGGAUGUCCCACAACGGAUCUUUUGCGGCACGAGGAAAGAAAAGGUUGCCCUCAAUUCUUCGGGGACGAAUGAAAUACUGCUACAGCGAUUCAAUGAUAAAGGUACGCACUAUAUGGUCUGUAGAGCUUUUCACUGUCUGUCUUCCUAUACAGUGGAAUCUCGGUUGAUACGGCCACUAAUUAUAAAGGGCCCAAAAAAAAAAUAAUUUCAUGACUUGAGGACCGUAAUGAAAUAUACACCAGGAAUACACCGUACUGCUCUCUAAUAAACAGCCGGAGUGUAGAGAUCGCUACUGACAAUAAUUGAAAAACCUUUUUAAAAUUCGCCUUCAGUACAUCAAGUCUUUUAAAGUUAGGCUAUAAAUCGCCCCAAGUGCAUUUUAAGUGUUGUUUAUAUAAUUUUACAUUUCCUAUGCACUGUUAUUUUCUAAAUCUCAAACGAGUGGCCGUAUUAACGGCUGAAAUCAGUUAUAAGGGAUUCUACUGCUAGGGAUUAUAAAAUGUGGCCGUUGGCCGUAUUAACAGGUGACCGCUUUAACGGUUUUUUUUUCUGAGGAAAUGUAUGGCCGGUUGGAUCCGUUUUGCCGAGCCGAAAAAAACUUCCCCCAAUAACAAGGUCACCGUAUUAUCGAGAUGUUCGUUUUGAUGGUCUCUGUAGCUAGAGACUUCUCAGUCAAUAGUUGAUCCAAAUAUCCACGCAAAUAAUGACAGUUAUUAACCUGUUUCUUAGGAAAUGGUGGUGAUGAUCUUGAUGAGGGUAACUCCCCUACAACUUUGCUCGGCCUUCCAAUCACAGCAACUAAUGGAGUAAUGUCGCUAAGCGACUUACUCUACACCAAAUUAAAUGAAACGCGCAUGCCCGUACCAUUUAGUGACUGGGAAAGCGACUGGAACGAGAAGUACCAAGGUCAGCAACAUGCCACUUAAAAUUAUGUGAAAAUUCAGGUGACUAUAUUGGGCGUGUUUUAACAAGAAUGCCACUGUAUGUUUUCAGGAAAUGAAGACGAGCAGUUUUUUUGCUAUAAGAGCAUCGUUUAUGAUUGCGUGCCGAAAGUCGCUAUAUUGGGAUUACAGAGAGGAAAAAAAGACACGCUCCAAAAGGUUUUUAUCGAUAAUGUUUAUAAACGCUUUACACCAUUAGUUAUUUAUAUAACGUUUUCCAGAUGUCAGUUUAUUGGUGGCCUCUGAUUUGUUAUAAACAGGACAAUCGACCAAUCGAGAUACCAAAGCAUAUUCCUAUGGCGGAUUUUACAAAUCCAGAAGACGAAGGUGUUCACUCAGUGGAUUGUGAACGUGGAACGCUCGUGUUACAUGGCAUGAUCGUGCACUCAGAAGUAAGAAACCAUCAAUACGCGAUGAUUGCAAUGCGGCAAUCUAUUUGGUAAGCAGAGCAAACAUUGACGUCUGCUUUAUAUACUUAACGUUUCCCUUUCAUAAGUACAGCUCUCCAAAACUAGUCUACUGAUAUUCAUCGCAGACCGCACUGAAAAAUCUAAAGCAUUUUUAAUUUGUUGAUGCUACAUGGUAACACCUUAAAGCCGGGCUCGUUUACUUUUAUAGGAUUGUGCACGAUGGCCUUAAUACGUAUGAAGUAGAAUUGACGACGGAGUUGCUCAUGGACCUCGGCGGAAAAGAUCGCUACGACUCGUCAGGUUCGCCCUCUUUACAUACUUUAAUUCAUUAACUGAAAAAAGCGUUUAUUCAAUAAACAAUACAGCCAUACUAUGAACCUGUCCCUUGUUACUUUAUUACUGAUUCCAGUUCUUACCUGUUGUCUGCAGUUACAUUCAUCUAUAUAGAAAGUACCAGUGACCUCGCAAUAAAAAAGCCGCCCCUACCAGAUAAAAGAGAGCAGAAGGAUAUACUGAAGAGGUAGUUUGGCUACAAAAAAAAGCCCUCAUGGACAGAAUCCAAAUGGUCGUUUUUCUCACCUUCUUGUUUUUCUUAUCGAUUGGUCUCCAGUGGAAAGGAAGGCCAGAGCGAUGACGACUGUAUUGAAAUAGAUGACAACAAGGAAGGUAAGUCGAUUAUACUAUGUUUAACUUUAACUGAAAUAUAUAUGGUUUUUGAGAGAAAAAAAAAAGCAUGAAAGAAAGAAAGAGAAAUAAAUGCUAAGUAAAUAAAUAAUGCGUGUAUUGUGUACCAAUUUAAUCUCAAAGAUUCUGAUGAGGUCUAUCCGGCGUAGUCUGUAGGCAAGCAUGGCUCAUGUCUGUAUGCAAGCACCCUCGCAGAACUAAAAAUGAGUGGGGACUAAUACGUGACUAACAUCACAGACAUCAUUAUCAUUACCACAGUCAGUCAGUGGCAGUUUACUCAUUAAAAAAUUUCUCUUGUUUCAUCAGUUGACUAUCAACGAAUUUUUCAUGAAAUGGAAGCGUCCACAAGAGCGUUCGUUGGCUUGGAGCCACUCAAACAACAAUUUUUAAGAUUACGGUUCUGCCGUUAGAAUUUAGUUUUUUCCUUUGUCGAACCAAAGGUGCAGCUUCUAUACUCAAGGACAAAUGUAAAAUAUAAAGUUCCCUUUCCAGGAACUGGAAAGACCACCUUUGCACGCAAAGUUGUAGGUAUUUGUAGCAAUAUUUAAGGUGCAGAAAAUUCAUACAGGCUACUAAUUUUAGGUAUCCGAUUUCAUGAAAAAUGCUCAACUUUUCAUCUGACGGCCUUUCGACAGGUAAAUUGCUCUGUAGAGCGACUAAUUUGAAACGACGUAGGCAGUCUGAGUGUUUUUAUCAGCAAAACACCAGACCAUGCAGAAAGUAUUGAUAUUCUCAGCAGUGAAAUGUAAAGAAAUACAAGCACUCUCUAAUGAUUUGUGGGUCCGCCAACUGCUGUUUUUUCAAGUACGGUUUUUUUGGAACAAAGUUCCAGACCAAGGUGUUCUACGAGUUUCAAAUUAAUUCACUUAUUAAUUGAAUAAAAUUUUUCCAGUGUCUUUAAUAUCACAGAACUGCUGUACAGUAUAAGGAAAAUUAAAAAGAGGAAAGUGGUAGAGGUCCAACGGGGGGACCUCGUUGGUCAGUUUCUGGGGUCAACUGAGGAAAAGACCGCCAACAAAAUAGAGGAGGCAAAACGAGGCGUUCUCUUUGUAGACGAGGCGUACCGGCUUACUCCCAGAAGCUCGGGAACGGACUACGGGCGUAUCGCCAUCAACCAGCUGAUGGCGGCAAUGGAGAAAGGUGAUCCAGUGAUGAUUUUUGCUGGGUACCCAGCAGAAAUGAAGGACUUUCUAAAUUCAAACCCUGGACUUAAGUCCAGGAUAAAAUAUAAAUUUAAUUUCACCGACUAUUCCGUCAGCGAACUGGCCACUAUUCUUGAGAACGGAAUCGCAGAUAGUGGAUUCCGUUUCGGUGGCGAGACGAGCUUGGUCGAAAUACCUUGA